UCUCAAAUACACAAUUUUUAUAUUUAGUUAAUAUUUGUUUCUUUCAAGUUUUACACUUCUCUUAUCAUUGAAUUUUCACUGAUAUUCGUUUAGCUAACUUAUAUGGAUUAAUUUAAAAUAAUUGUGUUAUUUUGUGCUCAUUUCGAGUCAAAUAUAACCUUUUGAAAUCUAUAAGAUAAAAUGUAAAUUGAAGUCGCAACUUGAUAGUAAAAAUAUGAUUGGAAACUGUAGUCAAAAUCAUAUAAGGAUAUAAUUCUAUAACAAUAAUUCCACGUUGAGUAUGCUUUUCUCCCCCUCUUUCUUUCUUUCUUUUACUCUUUUACUUUUUCUUUUAUUCCUCUUUCUUUUUGAUUUUGAGGACACGAUAAAAAUAUUGAAAUCUCGAUUUAUAGAAAUAUCAUUGAAAAAUCGAUAUUGAUAAAAAUGUCAGGGGAAGAUUUUUAGAAAUUAAUUAAAAUUGAUUGAAAAAUAUUUAAUUAGUAAGUGGAACUUUGAUGGUGAUCCAGUUAUAUUAUAGUUAAUUAUUUUUAAUAUAAUUUUAGAUAAUAUUUAGACAUAUAUUAUAAAAGAUAUGUAUAGAUCUAGAUGUGAGAGAGAAAAAAAUCAAAAAAAGAAAAAAAUUAUAAAAUUAAAUGACAUGAAAUAUUAAGUUGUUAUUGAAGUAGAUAUAAAAAUAAAAAAAUUAUAACAUUAAAUUAAUAUAACAUAAUAAAGUUAAAAAAAAUCACAACAUUAAUCAUAAAAGGAUAUAAAAAGCAUAAUAUUAAAAAAAAACAAAACAUAAUGAAAAAGGGAGUGAAUUUUUUUUAUACAAAUAAAUAGAGCUUAAGAGAGGACUACUAGAAAAAUUGGGUGAAAAUUGAAAUUUCUCAGGCCAAAAGUUAAGACUAUUGAAAUCUUCCCACCAUAAGGACUUUCCAACUUGGAGUUUUUAUAUUGGGUGGGGUGAAAAUAUCAUUUUAUUUAUUGUACUUUGAAAGGAGGAUUUUGAUUGUAGUACUAGCACUUUUAAUAAAUUUUAAAUUUAUUUUAUAUUGUUAAUUUAUCGUUGUUUUUUAAUUGUAUUAUCUAUUAGAAUUUUCGCUAUAUACUUGAAAAACAUAUUUAGAUAUUAUAUUGUCUUUUAUAAAUAUUAUUUAUCCAGAUUUAACAAAAAUUAUCUUUCACAACUAAAAUAUUUGAAAUUACAAGAACUAACUAAGUAUGAUACUACAAAUAAAUGAUUUUUCUGAUUUUUUUUUUCUCCAAUCAAUUUAAAGAGACCUUAAAUCUUUCAACUUCAAUGCAUUUUUAUAUUAGUAUAAAACAAGACCAUUUAAUUAUUAAAAUGGUAUCGGACAUAUUGGUAGGAUUUUAUGUCUAUAGACCUUUUUUUUUUUUUUUUUUUUUUUUUUUUUUUAAAAUCAUUAUUAUUAUUAUUGUUGGAAUGCUAUGGGGAUAUUUAGGCGGGAGAAGUGGGAGAGAUUUGCAAGCUUAGCAAAGAUAUUAUGGCGCUUGUUGCGAUAUUCAAUGAGCGUAGUGGGCGCGGUAAUAGAUAAGAUUCUGCAUAUGGCAGCGACUCAGCUUCCAUACCACAAUGCCAAUCGUAAACAAAAAGCCUCUUACAUGUAACUGUAAUCUCACCUUCUCUCUGCCCAAACACUUUUGGAAUCAAACAAAUCAGUUCAAAGAUCGAAGGUGAAUUUCUUUUCCAAGUUCUCUGAGAAUCUUACCUUUUUUUCUUUCAGUUCAAAUUGAUCAACCAACCGUUUCUCCCCUUUUUCGAUUUUGAUUGUGCAAAUAUUAGCAUACAUCUCGAGAAAAUUGCUUGAUUAGAAUCUUCAUUUCGCUUCUGCUUCAGCAUUUGGAAUUCACAGGUGAAAUCUGCAGAUUUUGCUUAUUUUCUUGAGUUUUGCUCUUGAAUAUCAAGCUAUUUUCGGUAAUAUUCUCUACUUAAUUCUUGUCGUUUCGAUUUCCUGCCCGACUAUGCGAGUAGCACGGGAUGCCCACUAUGUGUGUGUGAAUUGUCCCACUGAAAUUUUGAUUGAGAUUCUUUCAUAUUUACCUGUGAAAUCGCUUCUGCGAUUCAGAUGUGUGUGCAAAGAAUGGAACAAAUUAGUUCAGAAACCAUUGUUUGUUCGUUCUCAUUUGGAAAAAAGAAUCCCCAAUUCUCUGCUCAUAAUCAAUAGCUCCACCACAGACCAGAAAGCAUGUUUCUCAAUUGUCAAUGCUGAAACAUUCAAUGAAACUCUUCGAUCAGAGCUUCCUAUGAAGGCCAAUAUAGGUUAUAAACUCUCUGUAUGUGGAUCAUAUAAUGGGUUAGUCUGCAUUUCAUCUGCAAGUCUGUUGGAUGUUGAUCCAAUUUAUGUAUGGAACCCAUCUGUUAGAAAAAGUAGGUUACUUCCCAGUGGUUUGAUUCCCAAAUGGGACCAUUGUUGGUCAUUAAACUACCUUGCAUUUGGCUUCCAUCAAGUAGUGAAUGAUCACAUAGUAUUGAGAAUUGUGAGGAUUGAGCAAUGGAGCUGCUGUUAUCAAGUGGAAAUUUACAGUCUCAAAGCUGAUUGUUGGAGAAGAGUUUCUUCUGUUCCUGCAAUUCCUACUGCACUUGACUGCAGAUUGUUGCCCAAAUCCAUCUGCUUCAAUGGAUUUUUCUAUUGGAUUGUGAAGCACAAAAAUGAUACUCCAUCACCAUUAUGCUUGGGAGUGGUCAAAGAAUCUCUUUCUAUUUUCCAUUGCAGCCCUGAUGGUGGUAAGCAACUCUGUGACACAUGGGCUUUGAAAAUGGGCUCUUGGGUGAGAUUAAACACUAUUGUUCUGACACUGCAUGGGAAAAUAACAAGACCAGGGAGCCUCUUAGACUAUAAAUUUCUCAUUGCAAGGCAGAUUGAAGGGCUGGAAAAUUAUAGUCUGGCACUGGUUGACCCUGAACUGGAUCGCAUCGAAGAUAUUGGAAUUGAAUUGGGAUCUCAUUGGGUUUAUGCAGAUUCUUAUAAGGAGAGUCUUCUUCUACUCUGAUAAGGUACUGUUCGAUAACAAUUCAAUUUGUAGUCUUCUAUUUAUUUUUAUUUAUUUUUAAAAUCAGCUUCUUUACUGAGAGAAAACUAUUUAAUGAUCACAUCAUGGAUGUUUAUUGUUCAAUACAGUGAGAAUCUUUUUGUGUAAUGAAUUCAUGUGUCUUGUUGAUGAACCGUUGGAGAAUCCUCUCUGAGUUACUUCGAGA